AUGACGAUGGAUCAAAGCAACAAUGAUUCUGGGGGGAAAUUCGAAACUCCAUCGGAAAGUGAACGUCAGACCUCGGGGCACACCAGCCGAAACAGCAGCGAUAACCCCCACUCCUUUUCACACAUGGGGGACUUGUUAGAAGAGGCUCCGGAAGUUAGGAUCGAAAGGUUAGGUAGACAAAGACCCGAGGUCUUCAAGUCAAUAUGGGCGGAGAUUGGAUUUGUCUUUUCGAUCUCCAUGUCACAGGUGCUCACUGAAUAUUUUGUUUCUGGUUUCACAGUCAUAUUGCCCACUCUGGUCAAGAGUCUGGACAUACCAUCGGCAUCCGCGACAUGGCCUGCAAGCGCCUUUUCGCUCACUCUGGCUUGCUUUCUUCUGGUGUUCGGUCGUCUGUCAGAUAUGUAUGGAGGGUAUCCAGCAUAUGUAGCAGGUUUCGUUUGGCUUGCUUUAUGGAGUCUGGUAGGUGGAUUUUCCACCAAUCUUGUAAUGCUCAAUUUUUGUCGGGCACUGCAAGGCCUGGGUCCGGCAAUGUACCUACCUUCCAGUGUAGCUCUGAUCGGCAUCAUCUAUCGACCAGGACCACGGAAAAACUUAAUUUUCAGCAUCUAUGGAGCAUGCGCGCCACUGGGAUUCUUCGUAGGCAUUUUCUUCGCUGGAUUGGUGGCAGAGUACACACAUUGGGGCUGGUGGUUCUGGAUUGGUUGCUUUUUGGCAGCCAUAACAGCCAUCACGUCUUACUUGACAAUCCCUUCUGACAUUGUCAAAAAGCGCAAGGUUCGCAAAGCACGUAAAGGCACUGAUGAUCAAGUGAAUAUGGAUUGGUGGGGCGCAAUUUUCAUCGUCGUGGGACUUAUUCUCUUUACUUUCGCCAUCAUCGAUUCAGCACACGCACCGAAUGGCUGGAAAACGCCCUAUAUCUAUGUUCUAUUCAUUGUCGGCUGCUUGUUACUCAUAUUCGCUUCAUACAUCGAGACGCAAACUAAGAAUGCUUUGCUUCCCGUCUCAUUCUUCCAGGUGCCGUCCAUGGUACCGCUAGUCUUUGCACUCUUCUUGUGCUACGGUUCUCUGGGGAUUUUCCUACUUUAUGCCACGUUCUAUAUGACUAGUGUCAUGGGCGGCAGCCCGUUACAACUUGUGGCGUGGUAUGCACCAAUGGCCUUGGGUGGAUGCAUAAUAUCUACAGUUGGUGGCUUCGUUCUGCAUCUACUGCCGGGAACAGCCCUUAUAAUUACAGCUGGAGUGGCCUGGAUUGUUGCACCCUUGCUGUUCGCUAUUGCUCCAGCAGGCGUCAACUAUUGGGCAUAUAUAUUUCCUGCAAUGAUAUGUGCGACGAUUGGUAUCGACAUAACAUUUACAGUAGCCAAUAUCUUCUUCACUACGUCCCUGUCAGAAUCACAGCAAGGCCUUGCUGGCUCCAUGGUAAUGCUCAUUCUACACUUAGGUAUCGCUGUUUGUCUUGGAUUCUCAGAUAUCAUUAACACUUAUUCUCUGGAUCGGCUGGGUCUUAGAAAGAGUUACCAUGCAGUAUUUUGGUUCGAGGUUGCAUGUGCAAGCGUUUCGUUGAUCAUAAUGGCACUCUUUGUCAAGAUCAGGAGAGCAGAGAGUGAAUUAACCGUCGAUGAGAGAGUUGCGGCGUUGAACGACGUACAGUUGGUGGAGGAAGAUAGAUCGACUGCUCGGACGAGGAACUCGGAAACGGAUGGUGCAAAUGAUGGGAAGUUGAAUUGA